AUGGACAUGGAUCCCAGUCAAGCGCUGGAGGCGCAGCGCAAGGCUCAUCCAGAGCUGGGAGAGCAGGUGGACAAGAUACAGAAAUUCGUCGACAGCAAGCUGUACCACCAAUUGACCCAGAGCCUCCUCGAGUACUUGGUGAACCCUCCCUUCACCAGUCCCUCUGCAGCUGGAGAACUCAAGGAGUUCUAUGAGAGCUUCAUCAGGGGCUUCGAUUCCAAAUUCGACAAAGUGCGAUGGGUGCAGAUCCUGUCGAUCAUCGCCAAACCACAGACUCCGCAAGUGGCGCUGGAACUGCUGGCACCCUAUGAGGAGGCGAUGGCCAGUAGUAGAGAUGCCAAGUUUCUUUGGCAGACCUUGAAGGGUGAGAAGCUGACGCUCUCGGGGAACACCGACGCGGCGAAGGAACUGCUCGACACCUUGGGCGCUGACAUUGACGCAGCCUAUGAGGUGCAAGCCCUGAUCCAAUCGCACUUCCACAAGACCAAGGCCUUGCUGUGGAAGACCUUGAGUCGACCGGAUGAGUUCUAUAAGAGCUCCAUCCUCUACUUGGCCUUCACGCCCCUUGAGGCAAUCCCAAAGGAGGAGCGGCCGCGGAUCGCCUUUGAGACGGUGGUCUCAGCAUUGGUGGCCGAGGAGGAGUUCAACUUCGGAGAGCUGACACAGCAGGAGAUCAUCCCAUCCCUGGAAGGCUCUCAAUAUGCCUGGAUCAGAGACCUCUUGCAGGCCUUCAGCGAGGGCAAGUUCGAUUUGUUUGACAGUGCGCUGGCCAAGAACAAAGCUCAGAUGGAAGCCACGCCGGAGCUGAAGUCGGCCGAAAUCAUUCUGAGGCGGAAGAUGUGCGCGCUGUCGUUGAUGGAGUUGGCCUUCAGGAAGCCCAAGAAGCAGCGUCGCCUGAACUUCACGGAAGUCGCCCAGCACUGUCGGGUGGCGGCCAACGAGGCGGACGGAGAUCCGCGAGGAUUUGGGAAGGUCAGCUUGCUGGCAGAGCGGAGAUACCUGGCAGACACAGGUGCAACACCACUGGAUGUCCUGCAUCCUUGGCCCAUCCGAGAUCUCCCAGCAGAGUCACCGCGGGAGGCUGGCGCCAGUGCUGGCGCACCAUUGCGUGGCCUCCAAUUGCGCGACGGACUUGAGUUUCUAGUGGAAGCCUCCCCAUCGGCAUUGCCAGAGGCGACCCAGGUGGGUCUGUUCAUCGGCCUCUUCAGCGCUUCACAUACCAACUCGGAGGCCAAAGUCGAAGAGUGGAUGGUGGCCGGUGGCACGCCGCCCAAGCACAACCCGCUGCGCUUGUGGACGAUGUUUACACAUCAGUAUACGGAGCACGGAGGUGUGGUGCAGCCUGACGAGCUGGGAGACUCUUGCUUUGGAGAGGCCUGGCGCGCGGAGUUCUGCGCCCGAGUAUGGACUUGCCUUCGAUCGGAAGGCGCGCCUGGCGGGGGUCGACAGUGGCGCAUCGCCGUUGCAGCCCGCUUCGCUGCGGGCUACCGUGUGGAGGUCUACUUGGGCCCACCCUUGCCGGCCUGUAGGGACUACCUCUCAGCCGAGGCACAGCGGAUACACCCCGCCGUCUCCUGGUGGGCGCCCCCUGUGGCCGAGCAUGCGGUGCCAUCACUGUCGGGCAUGGCCUCGCACGCGGCCUUUCUGCAGCUGCGGCUCCUCUUUGUGAACCGGGAGAACUACUGGUGGGGCAAGGAAGCGGAGGUUCUGCCCAGCAGCUGCUGGCUAGACCUGAUGCAGGCAUCAGUGAACAGUGCCAUGGACUCUCCGGCUGCGAGGCCUGAGAGAUAUGGCUUACGGCCUGCACCCCUCAACCCUCACGGUUUGUGGCUCGAGUUUGGCGUUGGAUCUGGCAAGACUACUGCAGCGAUCGCUAUGCAGAUGAGGGCCUUGGUGGGGCAGUCUGCCACCUUGCACGGCUUUGAUUCCUUUCAGGGCCUCCCGUCGGACUGGGAUUACACCCACCUGGGCGCCGGAACCUUCUCCACGGGCGGCCAGGUCCCGCCACAUUUGUUGGAGAUGCCAAAUGUCCGCAUCCAUAUGGGCCUCUUCUCUGAGACCUUAGGUGACUUGGACGAGUUUGGGACCACGCCAGUGGCCUUCGCUCACAUUGACGUCGACAUCUUCCCUUCAGCCAUUGAGGUCCUGUCCAGAAUCGCCUGUCAACUGAUGGCUGGUUCUGUACUGGUCUACGAUGAGCUGGUCAACUACGUGGGCUUCGAGCUUUCUGGGGAGUAUCGCGCUUGGGAGUAUGUGGCCUCGACCUAUGGCAUAGGGUGGCAGUACGCUGGUAUGUACUGGCAGCAGGUGGAGCACUUGGUGAUGAAGUCCAUGUGUGCUGACCUCAUUCGCGGGCAGAUCGAUGAGGUGAAUCAGCUGGUGACUGUGACCUGGGUGAAACCACGCAUCCUUGACCCGGUGCGCAUCGACUUGAUGCGCGAACGGAUGGACGCAUGGGCUUCGCAGACAGGCUUGUUGUUGGAGCACCUGGAACAAGUCACACCCGAGCUGCUGGUGUCGUAA